GCAGCUGGAGCGAAGAAGGGAAGCUGAGUUUGACCGAUAAUAACCUCGCUGUACAGCGCCGGAGGGGGUUCUAUAUAAGGCGCAUCGGGCUCGGCGUCGCCUGCUUUUCUUGAGUCACGGUUGGGGGAGCGCGCAAGACUUGAGGUGGCUGGUUUCCCCCCGCUUAACCCACCACAUUCCCUCCCUCUCCCCCCACCGAUUUAGCCCCGGAAAGCUGUCGGGCGUCGUCAGGUGGAUCUAAAAGACAAAGAGAGCCUCGAUCAAAACUGGCGAGCAGUUGAUGAGCAGCCACAGAGUUUCUGCUGUGUGCUGUUGCCAUCAGAGGUGCUCCUGGAGUGUACGGAGGGAAGAUGGCAUUCUGGACACAGCUGGGUUUGCUCCUAUGGAAGAAUUUCACUUAUAGGAGAAGGCAAACGGUCCAACUACUGAUCGAAAUCACUUGGCCAUUGUUUAUCUUCUUUAUUCUGAUGUCUGUGAGAGUGUCUUAUCCACCUUAUGAACAACAUGAAUGUCAUUUUCCAAACAAGGCCAUGCCUUCGGCUGGAACAUUACCCUGGGUCCAGGGGAUUAUCUGUAAUGCCAACAAUCCUUGCUUUCGUUCUCCGACACCUGGGGAGACCCCCCGCAUUGUUGGCAAUUUUAACGAUUCUAUUGUUUACCGAUUGUUCAAUGAUGCCAAACGCUUGCUAUCGUUUAGCCAGGACAGCAGCAUCAAGGAUGUACUGCAAGUGUUGACAAAAGUCCUGAAAUUUGGGAAAUUUGCCUCAGGUGUCAAAGUUCAGGAUUUUUUGGUUGUCAAUGAGACAUUCUCUGAAUUUCUCCACCACAAUGCUUCCCUAUCGCAGCCUGAUAUAGAUGAAAUCCUGAAUGCUGAGGUCAAUCUUCAACAGAUCAUUACAUCUGGUUACCGGAUAAGUGUGGAAGACUUGUGCAAUUCCACCAAGCUGCCAGAACUGGUUGCUAUCAACAAUGGCAGUCGGGCCUUAAUUUGCUCUAUGCCGAAGGAACAACUUGCUUCUCUAGAAAGAGCGUUUCAGGAUAAUAUGGACUUCAUAAAGCCAUUUAUGAAAGGGAUCACCUUCAAUUCAACCCUGGAGGACGUUAAGGGAACUUUGGAGACGCUGACGCAGAGCCUGGGGAACCUUCUUAAAGAGUUAGUGAGCAUGAGAAGCUGGAGUGACAUGAGACAAGAGGUGAUGUUCCUGACCAAUGUGAACACCACAAGUUCUUCUGAUAUCUACCAGGCAGUAUCUCGAAUUGUUUGUGGCCACCCUGAGGGAGGGGGUUUGCAGAUCAAGUCCUUCAACUGGUACGAAGACCAUAAUUACAAAGCAUUCUUUGGAAGCAACAGCUCUGAAGACGAUGCCGUGGAUUUCUAUGAUAACUAUACUACACCUUUCUGCAAUAGCUUAAUGAAGAGACUGGAAUCCAACCCACUUUCCAGGAUUAUCUGGAGGGCCCUGAAGCCUUUGCUUGUUGGAAAAGUCCUGUAUAGCCCUGAUACGCCAGCAACAAGGACUAUUAUGUCAGAGGUCAACAAGACGUUCCAAGAGCUAGGUGUCUUCCAUGAACUUGGAGGCAUGUGGGAAGAGAUUAAACCAAAAAUCAAAAGUUUCAUGGAAGAAAAUGAGGAGAUGGAUCUGAUUCGGGUUUUGCUGAAGAGUGAGUACCUUUGGAACCAAUACUUGGUCGGUUCAAGAUGGAGCAGGGAGGAGGUUGCCCAAUUCCUGGCAAAACACCCUGAGGAUGUUGGUCCGGUGAAUGACUCUAUUUAUACCUGGAGGGAUGCAUUCAAUGAAACCGAUCGAACCAUUAUGACUAUUUCCCAUUUUAUGGAAUGCGUCAAUUUGAACAAGUUGGAAGCUGUGCCUGAUGAAGGGUGGCUUGUCAGCAAAUCCAUGGAAUUGCUGGACCAGAGACGAUUCUGGGCUGGCAUAAUUUUCCCUGAAAUUGCUCCUAAGAGUGUGGAUUUGCCCCAUCAUGUCAAGUAUAAGAUACGGAUGGAUAUUGACAGUGUGGAAAGGACCAACAAAAUUAAGGACAAAUUCUGGGACCCAGGUCCUCGAGCUGAUCCUUUUGACGACAUGCGCUACAUUUGGGGAGGCUUCACUUACUUGCAGGAUGUAAUAGAGCAAGCAAUCAUCCGGACUUUGACAGGCUCCGAGAAGAAAACUGGCGUCUAUGUUCAGCAGAUGCCUUAUCCAUGUUACGUGGACGACACAUUCUUGCUUAUCUUGAGCCGGUCAAUGCCUCUUUUCAUGACUUUAGCAUGGAUCUACUCAGUAGCGGUGAUCAUCAAGGGGAUUGUAUAUGAGAAGGAAGCUCGGCUGAAAGAGACAAUGAGGAUCAUGGGCCUCAACAAUGGCAUCCUCUGGCUUAGCUGGUUCAUUAGUAGCUUCAUCCCCAUUCUCAUGAGCGCAGGGCUUCUGACAUUCAUCCUUAAGAAAGGAAACUUGCUGCCCUACAGUGACCCCACUUUGAUUUUCGUCUUCCUGUCUCUCUUUGGUGUAGUAACCAUCUCACAGUGCUUCCUCAUCAGCACCUUCUUCUCCAGGGCCAACAUAGCAGCUGCUUGUGGAGGAAUUAUCUAUUUUACUCUUUAUUUGCCUUAUGUCUUAUGUGAAGCCUGGCAGAAUUAUAUCGGUUUCUCUGUCAGAAUGUUUGCAAGCCUACUUUCUCCUGUUGCCUUUGGAUUUGGCUGCGAGUAUGUUUCCCUGUUUGAAGAACAGGGGACUGGAUUGCAGUGGGACAGUUUCUUUGAAAGCCCUGUGGAAAAAGAUAACUUCAACUUUACCCUAUCUGUGUUCAUGAUGGUGCUGGAUAGCUUGUUGUAUGGCACUAUGACUUGGUACAUUGAGUCUGUUUUUCCAGGUCAAUACGGCAUUCCCAGACCUUGGUACUUCCCCUUUAUGAAAUCCUAUUGGUUUGGUGAGGAAUCUGGGGGACAGUGGCUCCCUUCUCAUGCUGCAGGAUCCUCAGAAAUUUGUAUGGAAGAAGAACCAAGCCAUCUCCCUCUUGGAGUGUCCAUUAAGAACUUGGUGAAAGUUUACCGUGAUGGCAAGAAGCUGGCUAUAGAUGGUCUUACACUGAAUUUCUAUGAAGGGCAAAUUACCUCCUUCUUAGGACACAAUGGAGCAGGAAAAACUACCACAAUGUCCAUUUUGACUGGCUUAUUCCCCCCAACCUCAGGCACAGCCUUCAUCCUGGGUAAAGAUAUCCGAUCUGAACUCAGCACUAUCCGGAAGAAUCUGGGUGUUUGUCCUCAACACAAUGUCUUAUUUGAUGAGCUGACGGUGGAAGAACAUAUUUGGUUUUACGCACGCCUGAAGGGGCUGCCGAAAAACUUGGUGAAAAAGGAAAUGGAACAAAUGGCUACAGAUGUUGGCUUGCCUCACAAACUCAAAUCUAAGACAAACCAACUCUCUGGUGGCAUGCAGAGAAAACUUUCAAUAGCUCUGGCCUUUGUAGGUGGUUCUAAAGUUGUCAUUCUUGAUGAGCCAACGGCUGGAGUGGAUCCGUAUUCCCGAAGAGGAAUCUGGGAGUUGCUCUUGAAAUAUCGACAAGGUCGCACUAUCAUUCUCUCCACCCACCACAUGGAUGAGGCAGACAUCCUUGGAGACCGAAUUGCCAUCAUAUCUAAUGGCAAACUUUGUUGCGUUGGCUCUUCAUUAUUCCUGAAGAACCAGCUGGGCACAGGAUACUACCUGACCUUAGUCAAGAAGGAUGUGGAUUCCUCACUCAGCUCCUGUAGAAACAGCAGCAGCACAAUAUCUUACCUGAAAAAGGAUGACAGUGUUUCGCAGAGUAGUUCUGAUGCAGGCCUUGGGAGUGACCAUGAAAGUGACACCCCAACAAUAGAUGUAUCUGCAAUUUCUAAUAUGAUUAUGAAGCACGUUCCAGAAGCAAAGCUAGUGGAGGACAUUGGCCACGAGUUAAGUUAUGUUUUGCCCUAUGAAGCUGCCCGAGAAGGAGCUUUUGUGGAGCUGUUUCAUGAGAUCGAUGACCGCCUCUCUGACCUGGGUAUUUCCAGCUAUGGCAUUUCUGAGACUACCUUGGAAGAGAUUUUUCUCAAGGUGGCAGAUGAUAAUGCCAACGCAGAGACUUCAGAUGGCACAUUACCCGCUAGAAGAAACCGAGUCUUUGGAGACCGACAAAGCUGCCUUCACCCAUUCACAGAAGAUGAUGCUUUUGAUGCCAACGAUUCUGACAUAGAUCCAGAAUCUCGGGAAACUGACCUUCUGAGUGGGAUAGAUGGCAAAGGAUCCAGUCAGAUGAAGGGCUGGAAGCUGACCCAGCAACAGUUUGUAGCUCUGCUUUGGAAGCGGCUGCUUAUUGCCAAGCGCAGCAGAAAAGGCAUUUUUGCCCAGAUUGUCCUCCCUGCCAUCUUCGUUUGCAUUGCUCUUUUGUUCAGUCUGAUUGUUCCUCCCUUUGGAAAAUAUCCCAGCCUUGAAUUGCACCCGUGGAUGUAUGAUGAGCAGUACACAUUUAUCAGCAAUGAUGCCCCAAAAGAUGCCACUACUCAAAAGCUUUUGAGUGCUCUUCUCAGCAAACCUGGUUUCGGGACCCGUUGCAUGGAAGGAUACUCCAUUCCAGGGACUCCUUGUUCUGUGGGAAAAGAAGAGUGGAGCCAAGAUCCAGUGCCUGAGAAUCUCAUGGAAAUCUUCCAGAAAGGCAAUUGGACAAUGAAGAAUCCUUCCCCAGCAUGCACAUGUAGCAGUAACAAUACCAAGAAAAUACUUCCAAUGUGCCCUGCUGGGGCUGGUGGUCUACCUCCUCCCCAGAGAAUCCAGGAGACCACUGAUAUUCUGCAGAAUCUGACGGGGCGCAACAUUUCUGACUAUUUGGUGAAGACUUAUGCCCAGAUCAUUGGAAAAAGUUUGAAGAGUAAGCAUUGGGUCAAUGAAUUCAGAUAUGGUGGUUUUUCUUUGGGAGCUGGUGGAUCUAUUGUGCUUCCUCGUCAUGAAGAGGUUAAUGAUGCCAUCAAUCAAGUGAAGAAAAUCUUGGAAAUUGCCAAGGGGAGUGCUGCUGAACGGUUUCUAAACAGCUUCCAGAACUUCAUGAAAGGCCUGGACACAAGUAAAAAUAUUAAGGUGUGGUUUAACAACAAAGGCUGGCAUGCCGUUGCCUCUUUUAUCAAUGUGAUCAACAAUGCCAUUCUCCGCGCCAACCUACAAGAUGGAGAGAAUCCAAGCAACUAUGGCAUUACGGUCUUCAAUCACCCGCUGAACCUCACCAAGCAGCAGAUCUCUGAAGUUGCCCUGAUGACUACUUCGGUGGAUGUUUUGGUCUCCAUUUGUGUCAUCUUCGCCAUGUCCUUUGUUCCAGCCAGCUUUGUGGUUUUCUUAAUCCAGGAACGUGUCAGUAAAGCCAAGCAUCUCCAGUUCAUAUGUGGUGUGAAACCAGUGAUCUACUGGGCAGCCAAUUUCGUAUGGGAUAUGUGCAACUACAUCAUUCCAGCAACUUUGGUCAUCAUCAUCUUUAUCUGCUUCCAGCAGAAAUCCUAUGUAUCCUCAACCAACCUCCCAGUGUUGGCACUUCUACUUUUGUUCUAUGGGUGGUCCAUAACUCCCCUCAUGUACCCAGCAUCUUUUAUAUUCAAGAUUCCUAGCACGGCAUACGUAGUGCUGACCAGCGUAAACCUCUUCAUUGGCAUCAAUGCGAGCGUAAUCACUUUCGUCCUUGAACUAUUCACCAGCAGUAAAUUCAACAACAUCAAUGACAUCCUGAAGUCCGUGUUCCUUAUCUUUCCACACUUCUGCUUGGGGCGGGGUCUAAUUGACAUGGUGAAAAACCAAGCAAUGGCAGAUGCCCUUGAAAGAUUUGGUGAGAAUCGCUUUGUCUCCCCUCUCUCCUGGAACCUAGUUGGGAGGAACCUUUUUGCCAUGGCUAUAGAAGGAGUUGUGUUCUUCCUCAUCACGGUGUUGAUCCAGUACAGAUUCUUUAUCAAGUCAAAGCCUAUCCAUGCAAAGCUUCCACCUGUAAACGAAGAGGAUGAAGAUGUGAUUAGAGAAAGGCAGAGGAUCAUUGGUGGUGGUGGGCAGAGUGACAUCUUAGAAAUCAAAGAAUUAACCAAGAAGUACAGAAUGAAACAGAAACCUGCUGUGGAUAGGAUCUGUGUUGGAAUUCCUCCUGGAGAGUGCUUUGGGCUCCUGGGCGUGAAUGGCGCAGGGAAAUCUUCCACUUUUAAGAUGUUGACUGGAGACACUGAUGUUACAGGAGGAGAUGCUUUUUUGAAGGGAAACAGUAUUUUGUCUAACAUCGAAGAAGUCCAUCGGAACAUGGGCUACUGUCCUCAGUUUGAUGCCAUUCAGGAAUUGCUGACUGGGCGAGAGCACCUCGAAUUCUUUGCGCUCUUAAGGGGAGUUCCUGAGAAAGAAGUCUGCAAGGUUGGUGAAUGGGCUGUCCGUAAGCUAGGCCUUGUAAAAUAUGCUGAAAGAUAUGCCGGCACCUACAGUGGUGGGAACAAGCGCAAGCUGUCUACUGCAAUGGCCCUAAUUGGGGGGCCUCCUGUGGUCUUCCUGGACGAGCCAACUACAGGAAUGGAUCCCAAGGCCCGCCGCUUCCUUUGGAACUGUGCCUUGAGCAUCAUCAAAGAAGGAAGGUCCGUGGUCCUCACAUCGCAUAGCAUGGAAGAAUGUGAGGCCCUCUGCACUCGAAUGGCAAUCAUGGUGAAUGGACGGUUCAGGUGCCUUGGCAGUGUCCAACACUUGAAGAACAGGUUUGGAGAUGGCUACACAAUAAUUGUACGAAUAGCAGGGGCGAACCCCGACCUAACCCCUGUUGAGAACUUCUUCAAGCUCGCUUUUCCAGGAAGCAUGCUGAAGGAGAAGCAUCGCAACAUGCUGCAAUAUCAGCUCCCAUCCUCCCCAUCAUCCCUGGCUAGGAUAUUUAGCAUCCUCUCCCAGAACAAAAAGCGAUUCCACAUAGAAGACUACUCCGUUUCCCAGACCACACUUGACCAAGUAUUUGUAAACUUCGCCAAGGACCAAAGUGAUGAUGACCACACAAAAGACUUGUCGUUGCACAAAAACCAGACUGUGGUAGAUGUAGCUGUUUUGACUUCCUUUUUGCAAGAUGAGAAGGUGAAGGAAAGCUGCGUAUGAAUAACCUUUCUCAGAAGGACGCAAUAGUCGCACUGAGCAGAAGCAGAAGGGGAAAACGUUCAUCCUUUCUGUACUAUGGAUGGGAUCUUCCCAAGUGGAAACAGAUCGAGGCCGAGGAAGUGGAGAUGGAAAUUAUAAAUGGAACGUUCUACUGGUAAUCAUUCAAUGCAAUGCAAUUCAAUGCAAACAAAACAAUAUUCCAUUACAGAGGCAGGGCCUCUGGGAGAUGUUGCCUUGUUGUACUGUUCUCUAGUGAAAGACUUGAACUUAGCUAUUCUUACAUUAUAAUUCUGUGAAACUCUAAUAUGGUGCCACUUGCUGCUACAUUGUCUUCUGCCAUACUCCCAGUUGUUUCUACUUAGUAUGUUUUGUGUUAAGAAUUACGUUAACAACAGUUCAGAGAUUUGUGGCCAGUGAUUUAUUUAUUCACCAUGCUAAGUUGGCACAACCCCUCCGCACAGGGAAAGGAACUGCUUGGGCACUACAUCAUUGCUGGCAAUGAAUGCAUCAACAGAACCAGUGGCCAGCAGUCACACCCAGUGCGAUAUUGUGGCCUUAUUUAAGUAUUAGCUAUUGGCCUGGUUGACCCAUACAUGUUUGAGGGGACACGUAUGAGAACCAUUAGGGGUCUUAGUAGUGGGCCAUGAAGCACACCGUCAAAAUAGGCUACAUUGAAUUCAAUGUUUCUUAAUGGCUUGUAGGAGAAUCAACGAUUAACAAUCAAAGCAUCUGAGGUAAUUUCUGUCCUAAUAGUAUGGUGACCAAUUGCUUGUUUUUCCCCUCUUUGCUUUUGUUGUGGAACUGUUGCUGUUUUUAAGUUUCUUUACUUAAGCUUGAUUGUUGAUAUGUCUAUUUCCUUAUAAAAGUACUAUCUGUAGUAGAGACUCAGCAGUCUCUGAAGAACUCUCUAUUAUCACCCAUACUAGGGUAUCUGUUUUCCUGCCUACCACAAAAUAUCUAAAUGCAUAUAGCAUUAUUUCCAUCAAUGUUGAAAAUCUUCAGUUAUAUCAUCACAUCUGUCCUGGUUUUCAUAUAAUUUUAAAUCAUACAAUGGGGCUCUCCUACUUUGCGUAGCAGAGAUCAUGUUUCAGGGUUGUGGUUGGAGAAAGCCGUCCAGAAAAAAAAAAGCUAGGGUCUUGAAGACUUGAGUUUCCAUAGUCUUUCCAUUUCUCUUACUCUAUAGCUUUUAUGUGGCACAUACACUGAUCUCCUACUCCAGAUAGGGAUUGAAGGUAGGCAUUAAAAGUUGGAUAUGUGGAUGACAAGCAACUAAUAUAUAUAUAUAUAUUUUAAAAAAUAUGGUCCAUUUUUCAGCAACUGUUUAUUAGGAAAUUUAUAUGGAAGCUUUUUUUUCCCAGUCAGCCCAGAUAGUAUCUUUAAAUAAAAAGCUAGGAGAAGCAAAAUGGCUACAAACAUCUUUUUGUAAUACUGGAUAACAAACCAAUACUUGUGCUCAUCACGGCUGGCAUAUACUAAUAUUUCAGACAUGUCCCAAGCCAGGUAAAAUUCUGAAAUGAUUAGUUGCACUAAGUCCUUUUGAAGUCUGCAGGACAUCAAUCUGAAUCCUGUGCACUCUUUUUUGCACCCAACUUUCAAUGACCUGCAAUUUAGUUUCUCUCUUUUUUUCUCUCUCUGUCUCUCUCCAUAUAAGUAGCUAUUUUUUCUACAAAUAUAAAUGCUCUAUUUUAGUAUAAUUUUAAAACACAUUUGCAAAUUUAACACAAUUCAAACGGAGGUAAACAUUAACUGUACAAUCCCUUGACACAACAGUAACUCAAAAUAACUGGCUUAGAGUUAAAUGACGGCUGUGUAAAUUUGCAAUGUAAGGCUGAAAUCCUAUGCAGGGUGACCUGGCAGUUAGCUCUACUGAUCACAAUGGGACUUCAGUACAGGAAUAAUUGCAUAUUCCCGUUGCUUUCAGUGGAGAGCAUUGAAAUCCUUACUGAUCUGUUUCAUUAGAAAUAAUGAUUUCUAGAAGUGCUUCUUGCUAAGAAUGGAGAUGCAGGAUAGGUUUGUUUUACCACAAAAUACUAGUAAAUCACUGCAUACAAAUUUUCCUUUGUAUCAGAUGUUAGCCAAAAUUAUCCUAAUUUAGGAGUGUCAAAUUCAGUUUCAUUGAGGGCUGCAUCAGGGUUAUGUUUGACCACGGGGGGGGG